GCCUGCACGAUGACGAUGACGACGAACUGAAGUCUCAAACACCCAACAACGAUUAUUUGCCAUCAUCACCAACGAACGAACGUCAGUUCAGGCAUGCACCAUUUCCGCCCAAACCCACCUUCUGCCAUCAUAAUCUUCAACCUUUUUACCACCACUACCCUCGGGUCUAUAUAACCACUGGAACACUCCUCCUUCCCCUCACUAGAAUUAGAAUUCCCACAUUCAUUCUCCAGUGACCUAUACUUUUGUCUCCUUUUGUCUUCCUUUUGGGUCCGCACAUACCCCUCGACCCCCCUUCUACGAAAAUGUCUCGAAGAUCUGGCACAACUGCCAAUGGGCAGGACAGCUCGUCUGGACAACCGUCGAACAAUGCACAGUCUAAACAAGCUAUUCUGCUGGCGCAGGACACUGGUCACUUCAGUUUGGUUAGGUAAUACUCGUUUGAGUUUUUCCUGUUCAGCCGCGAGUAUCAAUCUAACAGUCAGGUAGAGCUAUGCAUUUGGCGGAUGUAAUCACUGAGCUGAAUGGAUUCUGCGGCUGUAUGAGCACCCACACGGUCUUCCGUCCCCUACUGACGUCCUGGUUCAAGUUAUGUCCGUCCUCUCGUCGAUGCGAUACCUCCUCUCUGAUCCAAGCAACUUGACGAACCUCUGGUUUGCGUUGGGCUUCAUGCCCUUUGGUCUAUUCUUCGACUUCUUCGAUGGCAAGGUUGCUCGGUGGAGAAAGAAGUCUUCAUUGAUGGGUCAAGAGUUGGAUUCAUUGGCUGAUUUGAUCUCCUUUGGCGUGGCUCCUGCAGCAGUCGCUUUUGCCGUCGGAUUUCGCACCAACUUCGACCAGCUCUUCCUCACAUUCUACGUCCUAUGCGGUCUGACUCGGCUCGCCAGAUUCAAUGUCACCGUUGCCAUGCUACCCAAAGACAAGUCGGGAAAAUCGAAGUACUUUGAAGGAACACCUAUACCGUUUGCAUGUCUGACAGUUUCUGCCAUCAUUGCAACAUGGACGUGGUUCGGGUUGAUUCAUGAAUCGAUCCCUCUCGGAACCAUUCUGGACGGUACACUACUAGAGUUCCACCCUGCAGUUCUGUUGUUCGUUCUCAACGGAUCAUUAAUGGUCAGCAAGACCUUACAUGUUCCUAAACCUUAAGGUUGGAUAUGUCCAGGGAAAAAUUAGACAUGGGCGGGAGGAAAACCAUCGUAAGGACCAUGAUCAGCGUCGGGACCAUGAUUUAGGGGGGUUUAUGGGAUUCAGCGAUGGCGCAUUUCACAGACUUGAUGUUUCCAUACUGGGCUAUCAAAAAAGAUGAUGCUCAAUGAUGAAUGAAGUCCGUUAUUCCAUUCCUGGUUUUCACUCAACGUGAAACUUGAUGUGCGUCGCUUAAAUGUUUGGAUUCUCAACAUGACUCAUGAGGCAAUCAGUAGUCAACAAACGAAAUACGAGGAAUUGCUGUUUGGGCCUGAGGGGCACAAGGACAAGGCUGAAAUAUCAUAUAUUCUUGGCUUUGUUGGAAUGCCGAGAAUCAGGUAGAGG